AUGGAUAAAGAAAGAAGUGAAACUGUUUUAGCAGUGAAAUGGUACGGAAGAGAAAAAGCAACAUUGAAAGAUGUUACACAGCAGAUAAAGCAACUGACUUGCAACGAUUUCAAGACCAGCACCCGAAAACGAAAUGCGCAAAUGAAACAAAAGAAAAAUGAAGAAAAUGAGGAAAAUGAGGAAAAUAUUACGAACUCUACAGGCAUAAAGAAAGUAAGUAAGCACUCGACUUUAGCUCAAUUCGUAGAAUUCCCUCAAGCAUUUGUCGAAUGGAGUGAAGAAAUAUUGAUUUCUUUGCUUUAUUUUCAUACAUUUACCACAUAG